CGAUAAGUUUUAUGUUCAACUAAAACAUUUAAAGUUACCGAGCGACAUUAUCGUUGAAUAAAUUUUAUGAUUGCUAUAGCAAGUGGCAACUUACAUUAGCAAUAUUUAGUAAUUUGACAUUACAUUAUAUGUUGGCAACACUGGGUGUGUUCUUUCAAAAUUGACCGUCUAGAUAGUUGACGGCUUGUAAUCAUGGGUCGUGUGAUACGUGCUCAGCGUAAAGGUGCCGGUUCGGUAUUCGUUUCUCACACCAAAAAAAGGAAAGGAGCACCCAAGCUACGCUCUUUGGAUUAUGCCGAACGCCACGGUUAUAUCAAGGGAGUUGUAAAGGACAUCAUCCAUGACCCGGGCAGAGGUGCACCCCUAGCUGUUGUUCAUUUCCGUGACCCGUACAAGUUUAAGACCCGUAAGGAAUUGUUCAUUGCUCCUGAAGGUCUCUACACUGGACAGUUUGUGUACUGUGGAAAGAAAGCCACUCUUGAAGUUGGCAAUGUCAUGCCUGUUGGUGCAAUGCCUGAGGGUACCAUUGUAUGUAACUUGGAGGAGAAGAUGGGUGACCGAGGUCGGCUGGCCCGUGCUUCUGGCAACUUUGCUACUGUUAUCGGACACAAUCCCGAUGCCAAGCGUACCAGGGUGAAGCUUCCAUCUGGUGCUAAGAAAGUGCUUCCAUCAAGCAACAGAGGAAUGGUUGGCAUUGUUGCUGGUGGUGGACGUAUUGACAAACCCAUCUUGAAGGCCGGACGUGCUUACCACAAGUACAAGGUGAAGCGUAACUGCUGGCCAUAUGUGCGAGGUGUUGCCAUGAACCUUGAGCAUCCUCACGGUGGUGGUAACCAUCAACACAUAGGUAAAGCAUCGACUGUCAAGAGAGGUACCUCUGCUGGUCGCAAGGUCGGUCUUAUUGCUGCGCGCAGAACCGGUAGGAUUCGUGGUGGCAAGACUGACACUAAGAAGGAGGCGUAAAUUUAUAAUCCAAAAUAAAAAAAUAUCACUCACAA